CUGCUAGUGAAUGAUUCCCGUCUGAAUUCACACCACCAUGCCGAAUCUCCGACGAGUGCACCGUUUUCGCGACCACCCCACCGCAGGCGUCAACUGGCGACCGACGCGUUUUGUCGACGAAGUGCCCAGUUCGUACGUGUGUAACUUCUGCCUCAUGGUUCCAAAGAGGAUUCUGCUGUUGCCGUGCGGGCACACUCUGUGCAAAUCGUGUCACGCAGCCAACUCCCGAGGAUGCCAUGGGCGGUGUCCCUUGGAUCAAGAGCCGUUCGGAGAAGCUGAAUGUGGCAGUUAUGAUUUCCCCACCAGAAUAGCGAACGCCUUGAAGGUUUGUUGCUGGAACGAAGCUCAUGGAUGCGAAUUUCAGGGUGCCAUAGAAGAUAUGCUGGAACACUAUGAGAACGAAUGCACAUUCCAUUCAGUGGAAUGUCUGCGAUGCGGCGAAGGAGUUCUGCACAGGGAACUAGCAACGCACUACGCUGUCGGAUGCAGUACCGGUGUUUCUUCAACGCGCACAAAGAACACGUCCUCAGAGUCUGGAGCACUGACACUUCAAGACAUCAGGAAUGCUCUGAAAGAAGCCAAGAGAUUGUUGAGGGGCUCUGACCACGAUCAGGUGCUGCCUAGUAUUCAGAGUCAUUUGAACGAGCUGACGGAACAAGUCAGAAACCUAGAAUCCAGGUUGGCCGAAAACACACGUGAGGUUAGGUCAUCUGUAAAUGCAGGGACUGCUCAACACACGGCCAUUGCUUCCUCGGCUGUCUUUCAGGAACCAACAUCUCGGCAACGUCCUGCGAACGAAGCCAGCACGCCAACGUCGACACUGUCCUGCUCGCAGCAAAUGUUGAGAAAUCAAAAGCCGGAAGACCUCUUCGACCUUUCACCUCUUGUUCGCGAACUGAUGCAGAAAACUUCUGAACAAGAUUACCCUCAACAUGCUAUCGAAUAUGUUUGGUCUCCUCCCGGACAGCGAUGUUACUUAAAGUUGACCACACCUCUGUCGACGACACGUUCAUGGAGACAAUUGCUUGGGACGGUGACUUAUGUCCUAGUUCUCAGUCGGCCAGAUUUUUUACGUUCAGAUGUUAGAAAACCGUUUUGUCGUAUUACAGUAUUGCACACUCGAGACUCGUACUUUACCGUAGAAGUACGUAAAAAUCACAUUCCUGUUUUGCGCGAUACUAGAGUCAAUGUGGAGAUCGUGUUUUUUGGGGUGGUGUUCGGCUCUUGUUCGGCGCCUUCUUUCAACGUCAGCGGCUACCACGGUGAAGAAGUGAAACCAUUUACGUUCUGUCCCCGUGUUUCGCCUUGCAGUUGUGCGGACAUUGGACACUCACGAGUACAUUUUCACGCCACAUUUCAUAUACUGCACGACGAAAUCGAAGGUGUUGGUCGCCAUAGCAAUUGGAUGCAGCUUAGAAUCCAGUUCUAACAAAAACACACAGGUGACCCACUCGAGCUCCUAGAAUUGUGUUCCAGUAGUCGCUGGUUUAUGCUUCUAAUCUUUCAACUGCGCAACAUACCCUGAUAGAGCGCAAGU